AUGGCUGCUCAUCUUGCCUCCUUUUCCACUCCUUUCGUUACUUCCCCCAGGCUUGCUCCUAAUACCAAGGCUGGGUUCAAGCCAUGGAGCACCACCCUUGUAAGAUGUGAGCCUAGGACUGAGGGCUGCGGUGUAGCCUUUCACUUUGAGAUUGUGGUCAGGCGAUCGCUAGAUGCCAUAUGCACGAGCACUAGAGGAUUUGAGGACCUCUACUCUUCUUUACUUCGGUUCAGAAUUCUGAGGCAACAUGGCUAUUAUGUUUCUGCAGAGUGCUUUAGUAGAUUUAGGGAACAGUCUGGCCGGUUCACUGAGAAUCUUUGUGAGGACGUGAGAGGGUUGCUGCGCCUUUACGAAGCAUCACAACUAGCCUGUGAAGGAGAAACUGAGUUGGAAGAAGCUACAGCCCUCUCUUCAGAGCAUCUUAGAGCAAGGAUAAGCCACAUGGAACAGAGGAUGUCUCGACAGGUACAGCGUGCUCUGCAGGUUUUGCUCCACAGAAGGGUUCGCAGGGUCGAGGCCCGAGAGUAUAUUGAAACAUUCGAGAGGACGGACAGCAGAAGCCAAGUGCUGCAUGAGUUUGCUAGGCCGGACUUCAACAUGGUGCAGACAAUCCACCAAAGAGAGCUCAGGGAGUUAUCCGGGUGGUGGAGGGACUUGGGCUUGGACGAGCACAUUAGCUUCGCCAGAGAUAGGCUGGUGGAGAGCUACUUCGUGGCAGUGGGGAAGAUGCAUGGGCCACAGUUCUCACAGUACAGGAUGCAACUCGCAAGGGUCUCCUACUUGAUGGCCACCAUUGAGGACAUCUUCGACGAGCAUCAGUGGGAUCUUCAAGCAGCAGAGCAGCUGCCACAGUCACUGAGGGUCUUCUAUGUGGCUGUCUACAACACAACCAACCAAAUCAGCUACACUGUUCUUAGGAGGCAUGGCCGUGAUAUCACUUCAAACUUGAGGAGAGUGUGGGUGAGUGUGUGCAGAGCUUACUUGGUUGAAGCAAGGUGGCAUCAUGCCCAACAGACACCAAGGCUAGAGGAAUAUUUGAGCAACAUCUGGGCAGCCAUGACCGGCCCUAUUCUCCUCCCUGCUUACUUCUUCCUCUCGCAAAACAUUGAGGAACAAGCAAUCCAGCAGCUGCAGUCUGAGUCCGACAUCAUCAACUUGUCAUCGAUGAUAGUUCGUCUCUCGGCUGACCUCCAGAGAUCCAGGGUUAGUUUAGUGUAUUUUCUGCUGGUUAACUAG